AAUUCAGAUCGAUCGAUAUUAAUGAUGGCAGCGAUAUUGUGCAGCAGCAGCAGUGCUAGUGAGCAACAUCAUCGGGCGUUUCAAUUCAAUUACGUCCUGCAUUUCCUCUUCUUUGUUAUUGGUUUGUCACUCGGCAUCCUGGCUACCUUAUAUUUCCAGAGUUACUCAUUAGUCACUUUUCAAGCAUCUCUCAACUCCAUUAAUAAUUUUAUUAACACUCCGCUAAAACCAUCACCCCCAUCACAACCUCCGCCUCCACCGAAAUUACCACCUACUCCUCCACCUCCACCGCCACCGCCACCGCCGCUUCUGGUACUGUCUUUCUCAACAAUUAAUGCAACAUCAUCAUCAGUGUUAGUUAAUUACAGUAGCAGUCUCAGCACUAGUGUUUCUUUGAAAGAACAAAAGCUGUUAGUACACAACAUGAGCGACGAGGAGUUACUUUGGAGAGCAUCCAUGGCCCCUCAAGUUGAUUCGCCUUAUAACUGUGUUCCGAAAGUGGCUUUCAUGUUCUUGACAAAAGGGCCUCUACCUUUGGCUCCCUUAUGGGACAAAUUUUUUGAGGGACACGAGGGUCUAUACUCUAUCUAUGUGCAUGCGCACCCUUCUUUUAAUGAAUCGCAGCCUCAAACUUCUGUCUUCCAUGGUCGAAGAAUUAAUAGCCAGGCCGUUUACUGGGGAACUUCCUCAAUGUUGGAUGCAGAGCGACGGCUACUAGCAAAUGCACUGCUUGACUUGUCAAAUCAAAGAUUUGUAUUGCUUUCCGAAUCGUGCAUUCCCUUGUUUAACUUCACGACAACUUAUGACUACCUUGUAAACUCAAAUAAGAGCUUUCUAAGCGUAUUCGAUGACCCGAGGAAGCCUGGUCGAGGGCGCUACAACCCUCAAAUGUGGCCCCAAAUAAACAUCACAGAUUGGCGGAAAGGAUCUCAAUGGUUUGAAGUGCACCGAGACCUGGCCAUCCACAUUGUCUCCGAUCAGAAAUACUACCCCAUCUUUCAACAAUACUGCCACCCUCCUUGUUAUAUCGAUGAGCAUUAUAUUCCAACACUCGUCAACAUGUUGUACGCUGAUCUCAACUCUGAGAGGAGCAUUACAUGGGUGGAUUGGUCAAGGGGUGGUCCUCAUCCUGGGAAAUUUGGAUGGCCUGAUAUUACAGAUGAGUUUUUGAAUGGAAUUCGGUUCGGAUCGCAGUGCAAAUACAACGGCAAUACUACUUCAUUAUGUUUCUUAUUUGGUAGGAAGUUUUUGCCUAAUGCUCUGGAGCCUUUGUUACGAGUUGCUCCACUGCUGCUUGGCUUUGAUCCCUAGAAGUCCGCUUUUCUUUGAGACAAGCUAGUGUACUGGUGGGUAUGAG